CCGGAGAGGGAACCCGGUACACCCCGCUCUGUCAAAGUCCUCCAGAAAUGCGUCUAGCUGCGCUUUCCCGUCAACAUAACCAGUCACUGUUGGUGAAAAUGGCGGCCGCCGUGAAGAGAAAAUAUUCCGACUCGGACGAUGAGGAAGAAAACGAGCCUACCCGUAGGGUCCGCGGAGGGAGUGAUGCCAGAAGUCGGCACUGCCCCUACCUGGACACCAUCAACAGGAGUUUACUUGACUUUGACUUUGAGAAGCUGUGUUCUGUCUCCCUGUCCCACCUGAACGUGUAUGCCUGCCUGGUGUGUGGCAAGUACUUCCAAGGAAGAGGCCAGAAGUCCCAUGCCUACACCCACAGUGUGCAGGUGGAUCACCAUGUGUUCCUUAACCUCCACACUCUCAAGUUCUACUGUUUACCUGACAACUAUGAGGUCAUUGACUCUUCCCUGGAUGACAUAAAGUAUGUGUUGAACCCAACCUUCACAACAGACCACAUUGAGCAGCUGGAUGGGUCCUCCAAGCUGUCCCGUGCGUACGACAGCACCAUGUACCUGCCGGGGAUUGUGGGUCUCAACAACAUCAAAGCCAAUGACUACUGUAACGUGGUGCUGCAGGCCCUGUCACAUGUCAGUCCGCUCAGGGACUACUUUCUUCAGGAGGAGAAUUACAAGGACAUCAAGCGACCUCCAGGGGAUAUUAUGUUCCUUAUUGUACAGAGGUUUGGAGAACUGAUGAGGAAACUGUGGAACCCUCGGAACUUCAAGGCCCACGUCAGCCCUCAUGAGAUGCUGCAGGCUGUGGUACUCUGCAGCAAGAAAAGGUUCCAGAUCACUGAACAAGGUGACCCCAUAGACUUUCUAUCAUGGUUCCUGAACGCCAUGCAUGCCUCACUGGGUGGCAACAAGAAAGUCAUGUCAAGUUCAGUCGGUAAGGUGUUCCGUGGAACAAUGAAGAUCUACUCAAGACAACUCAUCACCAAAGAUGAUACUGGUGAGGCCAAAGUAUCAGAGGGAUCAGAAAAAGAAGCUGAAAAAGGGCCAGAGACUGUGACGACAUCACCCUUCAUGUACCUGACCCUUGACCUGCCCCCGCCGCCGCUGUUCCAGGACGAAUACGAGCAGAACAUCAUCCCGCAGGUGCCGCUCGCAAACCUGCUCGCCAAGUUCAACGGGGAAACCGAGAAGGAGUACAAGUCUUACAAAGACUCCACCCUGAAGAGGUUUGAACUAACCAGGCUGCCUCCUUAUCUCAUCCUCUAUGUGAAGCGGUUCACCAAGAACAACUUCUACGUGGAGAAAAAUCCAACCAUCGUCACCUUCCCAGUCAAGAACAUUGAUUUGAGGGAAUACCUGUCUAAGGACCCAGAGAUCCAGAAGAAGCACCCCAACACGACCUAUGACCUGAUAGCUAACAUUGUUCAUGAUGGGUUGCCUGGAGCAGGCAAGGGAACCUACAGAGUCCACAUCUAUCACAAGGGUUCAGGCCAGUGGUAUGAGAUGCAGGAUCUCCAUGUAGCCGACAUCUUACCUCAGAUGAUCACCUUGUCAGAGUCUUACAUACAGAUAUGGGAGCUGAGGAAAGACCAGACGUCAGACGCAGACAUCACUGCAGACUCCUGAUGUCAGCAUGAUGACUUUUUAUAGAUAAAAUGCCAUAGAUUAAGGUCUUAGGAUAUCUGAUUGGUUAAGAGGGAGCAAACUACAAUCUCUCAUUGGUUAGAAAUGGACCAAUCACUGUUUAUAUAAGACACUGACAGUUAGGGCAUAAACAUUUCUGAGUGUAAGUGUAAAGGCAAGAGUCUUCAAUAAAGUCUAAUCAACUACAUGUACUAGUAUACUGUUCAAUGUAGUUUACAGACUAUUUAAAUGAUUCGCGCGCACGUGUACUACAUGUACUGUACUUCAUCUUUUACAUACAUGUAUUGUAUCAAUGAUGUAUUAUGCCAAAUUUCCUGACAUUGUGGUGAUAUAAAAACCUGAGAAGAGAAUUAUGGUAUUAUUUUCU